AUGGCAAUACCCCUUCUUCUCACAAAGAUUUUUCUUGCCCUCUCAUGUUUUCGUUGUGCUUUAGCAGCACCGGCUGGGAGGGUUGAUGUGAAGCUAAAGACCGGUAUCAUCCGCGGUGUAACACAACCCAACGGUCCAGACAAGUUUCUUGGAAUACCAUUUGCCCAGCCACCUGUGGGCAAUCUCCGCUUCAAGGCACCCGUAGCUAUCACCGCCCCGUCCAAUGCGAUCCAUGACGCAUCUGUAUUUGGGAACGUAUGUCCUCAACCACCAGCAGAUAAUCUUGGGGCUCCGAUUGCAGAAGACUGUUUACACCUUAAUAUCUUCCGACCCCCGAACCUCAAAAGCAACGCCAAACUUCCUGUCCUAUUCUGGAUACAUGUAGGUACUAUUAGCGCGUCGUCAGAUCCAGCAACAGAUCCAACGGAACUCAUCCAACGAAGUAUGGAAAUCGGGAAGCCCAUCAUAUUCGUGUCGACCAAUUACCGACUUAAUACAUUUGGCUUUUUGGCCAGCUCAAGUGUAGCCCCGGAAGACCUGAAUGCGGGCCUUCUGGAUCAACGAAUGGCUCUUGAGUUUAUUCAAGACAACAUUGCGGCAUUUGGAGGAGAUCCUACAAAAGUGACCAUUUGGGGUCAGUCCGCAGGUGCCGGGAGUGUAGAAGCACACUUUGUUUUCCCUGCUGAACGGUCUCUCUUCCGCGCCGGCAUCGCUGAUUCGUCUACAGGUCCUUUCAAGAAUUCCCCAGACGCCAGCACUUUUGACAAGCCAGGGAAACCGUUUGCUCGCCUACUAGCAGCUACCGGAUGUGCCCCAGGUCCCAAUGCGGUAUCUUGCUUGCAAAAGGUUCCGUUUGAUACUCUGACAGCCAUCAACAACCCAAUGAUCACUGGUACUCUGAAUCAUCAAUUAUGGCAGCCAGCAGUUGGUCCAAAGGGUAGCUUUGUUCCCGAACGAGCGUCGGCCAGAAUAAGAUCCGGAAACUUCCUGCAUCUUCCCUUCAUCGCUGGAACAAACGUAAAUGAAGGAACAACUUUCAGUACCACACUACUCGGCGAAGGACUCUCUGGCGCGGCAGAGGAUAAGGCUUUCAGAGAAUUUAUCGGCGAUUUGCUUAUCGACAAUAGCACUCUCACCAAUGACGUGUUGAGCGAGUUCCUGUCUUUAUUCCCAGCCAACGAUCCAGCCAACGGAGCUCCAUUCAACAUUGGUGACUCUUUGUUUGACAGAGCGGAGGCAUGGUACACCGACCAGAUGUUCCUGUCUCCAAGAAGAUUCUUCUUCCAACACGCCUCGGCUCUUCAACCCAUGUUUGCCUACUACUUCGGAGAAUUUAUUCCAGGAAACGAUGUGACGCUUGGAGUGGCACACGCCUCCGAACUUUUGCUACUCUUCGGGCCUAUCCCUGAAGUGGCGAAAGUAGAAACAGCAUUCUCCACAACAUAUAGGGACUUCUAUAUCAACUUCGUAAAUGAUCUGAAUCCAGGAGCUGAGUGGCCGCGAUAUACCCCAUCGUCACCAAAGGUUUUGCAACUUAUUCGCAACAACAUCACCUUGAUUCCGGAUACAUGGGAUGCCCAAAAAGUCGACUUCAGCAACACUCCCAAAGUACUGGAUGAGUUCGAGAAGUAA